AUGGAGCAGCAGUACGAGUCCGUGGCCGAGUUGGGCGCUGGGGUCUACGGGGCCGCGACGACUUUCAAGGCUCGCGACCUCCGGGACCAGGGCCGCUUUGUGGCGCUGCUCAAGGGCCUGCGCCUGCAGACAGGCGGGGGCCCGGAGGAAGAUGCCUGGCAGCUGCUGCAGCUACAGCUGCUCACGAAGCUGGAGCACCCCAACGUGGUGAGGCUGCUGGACGUCUUUGUGGAUAUUCGUGACGAGGGCGGCGCGCGUCACGCCGUGGUCUGUGAGCUCGUAGACCAGGAUCUGUCCACCUACCUGGGGAAGUCGCCCCACACACCGUCCCACCACAUCAAGGAGGUGACGCGCCAGCUGCUGUGUGGGCUGCGCUACCUGCACGGCCACGGCCUGGAGCACCGCGAGCUCACGCCACGCAGCGUCCUGGUGACGGCCUCGGGGCGCGUCAAGAUCGCCGGCUGGGGGCUCGGACGCUUCCUGGACAGCGCGAGCAGGGCUCCCACCCCGGCGGUGUCCCCGUCGUGGUACCGCGCCCCGGAGCUGCUGCUGCUGGGGGUGACCUGCGGCCCGGCCGCGCCGACCUGUGGAGCGCCUCUCUUCCCCGGAGGCUCCGAUGUCGAUCAGCUGACGAAGAUAUUCGGUCUGCUGGGCGUGCCGAGCCUGGAGGAGUGGCUGCUCGGAGCCUCCCUGCCGCACGGCGCUUUUGCCGGUCUCCACGCUGCCCCGCGGGCCCUGGUCGACUCCACGCCGGAGAUGGGGCUGGAGGUCGCGCCGGGCAACGAGAACUUGGCGAUGGCGCUGCUGCUGGAGCUGCUGACCUUCAGCCCCCGCAAGCGCAUCUCUGCGUCUGUCGCCCUCUUCCAUCCGUACUUCUCUGAGGCCGCAGGCGUGGCCACGGGCGAGGCCUAA